AUGCCCGCUACCCCAGACGACGCUUGUAAGGGCCCUAGGGCUGUUACUCUUAACAUCCUCUGUCCUUUUCGUCCCCCGCCGAGCCGCUUUACCUUCCACAAUGUUCCUCUUGGUACAACGGUUGCCCAACUACACACCCGGCUUGCACAAAUCAUUCUAGGUCAUGUACCUGCCACGUCACGCUUGAUCUUCUUAGGAAGACCUCUUACGGUGGAUAGUGCCACCUUGGAAGAGGUCUUGGGUCCUGUUAAUGUAAAAGUCGACCUGCAAGUCCCACUUGUUUACAAGCUGACCCGAAAUCUAGCAAUCCGAGCUCCAACCUCAUCAAAUAUUCCCAAUGCUGCUGCCCUGUCUGCACAGCCGGACCUUGCGCAGGAACUUCGCCGUCUUCAUGGAUUACACGACCCACGCGCUAUUCUCGAUAGGCAUCAGGCAAUUCUCCGAGGACUAGGCUUUGGCAGCGCGCCAGGCACCACGCAGAGCGCUGUUUCCACUGGCAGUAAUGACCAUCCCAUCUACCAAAGUGUCGGUCCCAAUGGUCAGAACGCCAUUAUAAUUCCAGCAUCCCCGCGGACAACCCAUCAAACCAUACGAUUCCGUUACCAGACAUCGUCUACAACUGGACCAAAUGUCAAUGCUGCAGCCGGCGCCAAUCCAAACCCAGCUGAUCGGGCAAUGGCCGAAAACCUCGUCCGCCAGGCACUGGUUAACAAUCAACAACUUCGACAAAAUGGAAAUGCUGCAAACCCAGCCGCAAUCGGACGUUUCAUGAGCCGCGUCUGGCUCUUCAUACGCCUCUACUUCUUCUGCUACGUGAUCAGUGCACCAGGGACCUGGACGCGUAUCUUCUUCGUCAUUGCGGCCCUACUCAUCUCCGCCUUAUCCGACACGAACGUUCCCCAGGUGCUGCAUAGCAUCAUCGUGCAGCCAUUGCAACGCCAUCUUGAAAGACUUGCGCAUAUGGGUGGACCGGGCCAGCCUGCGAAUAAUCCUCCUCAGAACCACAUCUUAGGGGAGAUUACGGAUUAUUUCCGCCGUGCCGAGAGGUCUAUUGUGCUUCUUCUUGCUAGUCUUGUGCCUGGUAUUGGCGAGCGUCAGGUUGAAGCACGCAAUGCGGCUGAGGCGGAAGCUCGGAAUGCGGCUGAAGUGGAAGCUCGGAAUGCUGCUGAGGCUGAGGCACGCGAGCAGGAGCAGCCGCAACAACAGCCGCAGGAAGAUCCAGAGGCACAGGUGCGUGUCGAAGAUACGCAGGACAGCCAGAAUGUUCAACGGCCGCAGCAGCCUCCGGCACCUGUGCCCGUGCCUGCUGACUGGUGA